GGCCGGUCCCGGGCUGUCUGGCUUCUGGCAGUCGAGCUGGGGGAGAGGAGGGGAGUGAGGUGAAGGGGCAGACCUGCUCCUGUUGCGCUCCGGUUGGGAAUCGGUGCGGGGCCGCACGCGGGGGUGAGGAGCCCGGAGUCCCGCUUCCUCCCCGGCCUGCCGGCGUCAGAGCCGCCCCCCGGACCGAGACCCGCCCUCGGCCUCUCAGACGAGUGGCUGAAGGAGCUCUUAGCCCGGGCUUCGUGGAGCGGGUCGGCGUUGUGGAGGCUGAGGGUCGUCAUUUGCCCACAGCCCGGGCACGCCGGUGCUGACGGUGACCUAGUGGGGCCAGGGUGCUUAUGGGGCCUGAGGGGAAGCAGAACCGAGCGAGUCUCUCUAGCUAAACUGUGGAAACACACGCUAAAUCUAGGCGUUUUAGGACCAGUGAACCGAGACAAGUCCUAAAUCAUCAAAUCCAACCAUGAAAUCUGACUUGUGCUUUUGGUAUCCUUACUUGGACUUAACUGGAAAAUCACUUUCUCUCUUGUCUCUGCACCUUAAAUGGGACAUGCAUGUUUAGGUAACUAACUACAGGAACAUCAAAAUGCCUAACCUUGAACAUCCAGCGUACCCAGCAGCUACACUGCUUCACUUGGAAAGUUUGGUGCCUUGUCGAGAAUCCCAAGUGUCCAUGUUGCUGUCAAUAUUUGGAGAGCGUCAGCAGUUUAGUCUUCCAUCCAUCUUUAUCUAUGGACAUACAUCUAGUGGAAAGACUUAUGUGAUGCGAACUCUUCUAAACACCUUACAGCUUCCUCAUGUAUUUGUGAACUGUGUGGAAUACUUUUCUUCACGACUUCUUUUAGAAGAAAUUCUCAUCCAGUUGCAAAGCUAUUCUUCUAAGAUAGAACAGACUUCUCAUGUGCCUUGUGAUAGUUUAAAUGACUUUGUACGUCUGUUUAAACAAGUUGUUGCGAGUCAAGAGCUUCAAGAUCAAACAUUAUACAUUGUACUGGACAGAGCAGAACAGCUGAGGGAAAUGGAAGCAAACAUCCUGCCAGCAUUUCUUCGGCUUCAAGAGUUGACUGACAGAAAUGUGACAGUUGUUCUGCUCAGUGAAAUAGUAUGGGAACUGUUCCGUCCAAGUAUUGGAUGCUUUGAGCCAUUCACCUUGUAUUUUCCUGAUUACAGCAUAGGACACCUGCAGAAGAUCUUGUCUCAGAAUCAUCCCCCAGAAUAUUCUGCGGAUUUCUAUGCUGCAUAUAUCAAUAUUCUGCUUGGUGUCUUCUAUAUGGUCUGUAGGGACCUGAAAGAACUUCAGCAUCUGGCAGUGCUCAAUUUUUCUAAAUACUGUGAACCAGUGGUCAGAGGAGAAGCAAAUGAACGUGACACCCGCAAGCUCUGGAAAAAUAUUGAACCUCAUUUGAAGAAGGCAAUGCAGACUGUUUAUCUCCGAGAAAUAUCCAGCUCACAGUGGGAGAGCUUCCAGCGUGGCAGUGGAGAACCUGGGCAGUUGAAAGGACUUUCUGCACAUACACAUGUGGAACUUCCUUAUUACUCCAAAUUUCUUCUAAUAGCUGCUUACCUUGCCUCCUACAAUCCUGUUAGAACAGAUAAAAGGUUCUUUCUUAAGCAUCAUGGGAAAAUCAGGAAGACCAACUUUAUGAAGAAACAGGAAAAGACCAGCAAUCACCUCCUUGGGCCAAAGCCAUUUCCCCUGGACAGAUUGUUAGCAAUAUUGUACAGUAUUGUGGACAACAGAGUUCCUCCAACUGCAAAUAUAUUUUCCCAGAUCACCUCUCUUGUGACUCUCCAGCUGUUAUCCAUGGUUGGUCAUAAUGACCAGCUUGAUGGACCACAAUAUAAAUGUACUGUAUCUCUGGACUUCAUCAGAGCUAUUGCCCGGACCGUGAACUUCGACAUAAUAAAGUACUUGUACGAUUUCUUGUGAAAACAAGCUUCACAGCCAUAUGGACACUGUGACAAUGACUAAGCCAGGCUACUGGAUUCAGACCCAGAUGAAUGAGUUCCAGGUGAAUCUAAGUGACAAAAGCAUCUUUCUGGCCGAGCUGCCGAUUCCCCCCUCAGGAGAGUGUGAAAGGGCAGCGAUGAGUCAUCUCCGCGAUCCCUUUUCCUUCCUACCGCUGAGCUGCAUCAAACCCUGCACCUGUCCAUGAGGUGGCAACGUUUGUCACACUUACUGAACUGCUUGGAUGCAAAUACAUAAUAUUUCAAAAUGCUUA